GGAAGAGCAGGAGGAGGACACAUAUGGCAGAUGAGAGAGGAGGGGAGAGAUAUGGCGGUGGCAGAGGAGGAGGACAAAGAUAUGGCGGCGGCGGAGGAGGAGGAGAGAGAUAUGGUGGCGGCGGCAGAGGAGGAAAGAGAUAUGGCGGCGGCGGCAGAGGAGGAAAAAUAUGUGAUGGCGGCGAAGGAGGAGGAUGAGGAAGAGGAAGAGGAGGAGGAGGAGGAGGAAGGGGAAGAAGAGAGGAAAAAGAAGAAGGACAAGAGGAGGAGUAAGGAGAACCGGUGGAAUAGGAGAAGGAGGAGGGGAAGAGAUAUGGCGGAGAAGGAGGAGGAGAUAGAUAUGGCGGAGGAGGAGGAGGAAGAGGAGGAGGAGGAGGAGAAAGAAGAAGGAGAAGAAGAGGAGGAAGGAGGAGACAUAGGAGGAGUGGUAGUCAAUUUAUCAUGGUGCACUGCCAAGAAAAGAAUAGGUGUGUCAUGUGACACCUUCUUACUGGACGAGUAGGAUGAGGAGGAGGAACAAGAAGAGGAGGAGGAGGAGGAGAAGAAGGAAGGAGGAGGAAAAGAUGAGCAAGCAGAAUGACUCAGACAAAAAGAGGAGGAGGAGAAAGAGGGGGGGGACAAGGAGGAGGGGGUGAAGAAAAAAAGAGAAGAAUAGGAGGACACUUAUUAUCGGGUGUUGAUGUGGCAAUGGCUCCUCCACACUGUCGAGCACAUCGGUCCCACACCACGUAGGGGGGGACCCUCCCGGCUGCAUCAUGCAGGAGUUGGUCUUACUCAUCGCGAUACACAUGGAGCUUUCGCAAGCCACCCCGAC